AUGAGACCAGUAGCGCAUCCGCUGCCGCCAUCGAGCAGCCUCCCGCCCUUGCGGACCUUGGACCGGCUCUCUGAAGCCGACAUCACGUCUGCCCUGCACAGCCUAUCCAUGAUUUAUUGCUCGUUGCCCGUCUCGGUCGCCUUCCAGCUCACGCCCGAAACACAAAAGCCCGCUCAUCAUGACACGUCCCUAGCUGACUCGGGUUACGUAUCCGAGACGGAAGAUGAUCACGAAGAGAUCGACGGUCUCGACCAUCACGUGGCCGCCCUUAAAGUUGACGCGUUCGAGCGUAGCUUCGCGGAGCGCUGGCUGACGGGCUUCAUUGCUCGAGCCGAAACCCUUUAUUGCUUCGAGUCCGACGAGGCAUGCCAGCACGCCCUUGACCAGGCUUCCUGCGUGCUCGAGUCUUUUUUCGCUGUUCCCAAAGACGAUGACGACCAGAACGGCCAGAACCAGGAUUAUGCGCGCAAAUUCGCCUUUGAUCUCGUUCUUCCGGGUUCCGACACGUUGCGGGCCAGCGUUCCCGUCACAGUGCGGCUCAACGAUCGGUUGGCGGGCACAAACUCCGCAGACCCCGACGACGUUGGUCUCCAAAGCUGGGGCGCCUCGAUCCUCUUCUCGGAGAUCAUGUGUGCUUCGCCCGCGUGCUUCGGCCUGGCGCAGCCUGGACUCGGCCCCUCCCCUCGCGUUAUCGAACUAGGCGCAGGUACCGGACUUGUCAGCCUGGUGCUCGGGGGUAUGCUGCCGCAUCUGGGGGCCACAAGUCCGACCAUUGUCGCGACCGAUUAUCACCCGGCGGUGCUCGAGAACCUGCGGUCCAACGUGUUGCUCAAUUUCCCAGCUUCCGAGGUGAAACACAUGCAGACCGCAGCUCUUGACUGGUCUGCGCCUGUGUUGGAAGCGCCUUUGGAUGUUCCUGCAGACAUCAUUAUUGCAACGGACGUCAUCUACGCUCCUGAGCAUGCAGUAUGGUUGCGCGACUGCGCGGCUCGCUUGCUGGCAACAAAUGGUGUCUUUUGGCUUAUGGUAACUGUUCGUCGGAACGGCCGCUUCAACGGCGUCAGCGACAGCGUGGAGGCCGCGUUCAUGGAAACCCAUGACCCCGCACGGGCAGACGGGAAAAGACUCACGAUUGUUCAGUCUGAGGAACUAGAGAAGCGCACCGGUGUUGGGCGUGGUGACGAGAGUGGAUACAAGCUUCUUGAGAUCCGCUGGGCAUGA